GGCAUUAUUAAGUGACCGUCACAUCGGAAGUGGGACACUUGCCUCUUCAACUACAUCGUCGUGCUCGGGGAGGCUCACUGGCGGCGCUCCAUCUUCUUUCACAUUCGUCAUGUGGCCCCAUGGUACCGGAAGCAACGACACCGUGGGCAGCCCCCCGUCGGAUAACGAGGGCUACUUCGCCGGCGUUCAGAGCAGCGGGAACACGUCCGCAGCGGCCACCGUAGAAGACGCGCAAGUUGUCGAAGAACUCUCGUUCAGCACCCUGUCUCUGGUGCAGGUAGUCGUGUACUGCGUGCUCUUCGUCGUGGCUGCCGGAGGAAACGUACCCGUGUUCGUCACAUUGCUUCGCAACCGGCAUCGCAAGUCGCGCAUCAAACUCAUGAUCAUGCACCUGGCCAUCGCCGACAUGAUCGUGACGUUCGUGAUGAUUCCCGUGGAGGUGAUUUGGCGCAUCACAGGUCAAUGGGUGGCGGGCGACCUCAUGUGCAAGCUGAUGCAGACGUUGCGCGCCUUCGGGCCCUACCUCUCCUCGGCCGUGCUGGUGUGCAUCAGCGUGGACCGAUACUUCGCCGUGCUGCACCCGCUCAAGGUGCACGACGCGCACCGCCGCGGCAAGAUCAUGCUCGGCGUCGCCUGGUACGCCAGCCUGAUGUGCAGCGUGCCGCAGGGAACGUUCUGCGAUGUGAAAGCAUGAAACAAGGCGGACUCGUAUGUGCGCAACGCGUGACUGUCUGGGCUGUUCGAGCGAUAAAAAUCCAGCUAACAUUUCGUGUAAGUCAUGGCCGUCGUAACA